CUACGUCACUGACGUGUCAGCAGCGCAGAAGAAGACGGGGCAGGGGCAGGAAGUGUCGGCAGCAGAGAUUAGCCUGAUUAGCCUGCAGCAGCUAACUGACCGACAUGAAGUUUAUAAUCUGAACAUGCUCUGUGUUUACAGGUGGAGUGUCAGCCUUUAGCCCCGCCCCCUGUGUGACCUCAGUGGCGUUGCCGUGGCGAUGGCACUGAUCGAAGGCGUGGGCGACGAGGUGACGCUGCUGUUUGGGGCUCUGCUGCUGCUCGCCGUGCUGCUGCUCGCCUGGAUCUCCACGCGCACCUCCGAGCCCCCGGAGCACCUGUUCGCCUCUGCCGCAGGCCCCGCCCCCUCGCUGAGGACUGGCCCCGACCACCAUGACACGUCCCCCGCCUCCACCGAGUCCUCCUCCUCACCAUCCAGCUCUGUGAGUGACGGCUCUCUGACAGAAGCCUCGCCCACCAGCUCCGCCACCCAGGAAGACAAGGGGGAGGGGCCAGAGCAGGGGGGCGGGGGAGGUGAGGAAGGGGGGGAUGGGGUGAGGAGCAGAGGGGGGGCAGGGGAGGGGGAGUCCUCCUCUCAGAGGAACAUGGUGGUCAGACUGAAGUUCCUCAACGACACAGAGAGGACAGCCCAAGUCCAACCUCAGGACACCAUUGGUUACAUCAAACGGACCUACUUCGCGGGGCAGGAGCAGCAGGUGCGUCUGAUCUACCAGGGCCAGCUGCUGCAGGACGAUGCCCAGACUCUGGCGUCUCUGAACCUCGUCCAUAACUGCGUCCUGCACUGUCACAUCUCUCAGCACGCGGGGCGGGGGGCGGUGGGGGGGCCGCGGCCGGCUGACCAGGUGCAGGUGGCGCUGAACGUGGGCAGCCUGAUGGUCCCGCUGCUGGUCCUCAUGCUGUCCGUGCUGUGGUACUGUCAGAUCCAGUACCGCCAGUUCUUCACCGCCCCCGCCACCGCCUCACUGGUGGGCGUCACCAUCUUCCUUAGCCUGGUGGCCUUCGGAGUCUACCGCCGCUAGCCUCUGUCCAGUGAUGUCAGCGGCAGGGGCAGAGCUGUCUGUGACCUCUGACCUUGGAGCCGCCGGGACUCGAACCCGCGAGACCGAAUGGACGCUGGUAGUUUUUUGUUUCUCUGUUGCCAUUGAGACGCCGAGUGUUAACAAGGACUUAAUUUUUUUUUUUUUAGAAUCACGUUUCUCUGUUGGGUUCAUCAUCGUGCCUCUUUACUUUACCUGGUCCUGAAGGGUCGGACCAGACCGGACUUCCGGCCGACCGGCUCCAGACUGUAGACCGGACCAGCUCCAGCCUCUAGACCGGUCCGGCUCCAGACUAUAGACCGGUCCGGCUCCAGACUAUAGACCGGACCGGCUCCAGCCUGUAGCCCGACUCCAGCCUGUAGACCGGACACGCUCCAGUUGACUGGCUACAGCCUCUAGACUUGCUUGGUUUCAGACUGUAGACUGGACUGGUUCCAGCCUGUAGACCGGACCAGCUCCAGACUGUAGACCGGCACGGCUCCAGACUGUAGACCGGCUCCAGACUUUAGACUGGACUUGCUCCAGGCUUUAGACUGGACUGGCUUCAGCCUGUAGACCAGAUCCAGACUGCAGAUUUGCUCCAGGCUUUAGACUGGGCCUGUCUGUAUGUGUGUGUGUUGGAUGGAAAGUCUUUGUGUCAAUUUGAGCUUUUAAAGAGAAAGAAAUUCUAUUAAAUCAUUUAUUUAUCU